CAGGAUAUUCGCCGCUUCAUCCGCCGCCGAUCUGCCUUCACGUCGGCCAUCCAGGCUUGGGGGCCCUGCGUCCUGGGAGUUUCUCCUGCCCUCUGCGCGGCGCGGGGUGAGCCGACAUGGGCGCCUACAAGUACAUCCAGGAGCUGUGGAGGAAGAAGCAGUCGGACGUGAUGCGCUUCCUGCUGCGGGUGCGCUGCUGGCAGUACCGCCAGCUCUCGGCGCUGCACCGCGCCCCGCGCCCCACCCGGCCCGACAAGGCGCGCAGGCUGGGCUACAAGGCCAAACAAGGCUAUGUCAUAUACCGGAUCCGUGUGCGCCGCGGGGGCCGCAAACGCCCAGUUCCUAAAGGUGCCACCUACGGCAAGCCUGUGCACCAUGGUGUCAACCAGCUCAAGUUCGCUCGAAGCCUGCAGUCGGUUGCGGAGGAGCGCGCUGGCCGCCACUGUGGGGCCCUGAGGGUCCUGAAUUCCUACUGGGUUGGUGAAGAUUCUACGUACAAAUUCUUCGAGGUUAUCCUCAUUGAUCCAUUCCAUAAAGCUAUCAGGAGAAACCCUGACACCCAGUGGAUCACCAGACCAGUUCACAAGCACCGGGAGAUGCGGGGGCUGACGUCCGCAGGCAGAAAGAGCCGCGGCCUGGGCAAAGGCCACAAGUUCCACCACACUAUCGGUGGCUCUCGCCGAGCAGCAUGGAGAAGGCGCAAUACUCUCCAGCUCCACCGCUACCGCUAAUAUAUGUGAUGUCUGUAAAGUUCUUACCUAAUAAACAAUUUAGGACGUUCUUGUCUGCUUAAAAGUGUUUUUUAAUUUGUUUGUAAAACUAGUUGCAGAUUGCUUCAUUGAAUGCAUUGUCAAAUUAUGAAAGUUAAAGUGCAAUAAUGUUUGGGACUUAUUGAAGUUACUUACACAUAUAAAGUGUAUAUGAAGUGAUGGUGUAUCUUGUUUUUAAUAAGGGAAAUGCCUUUGUUUUUGCUUUACUAGGGAGUUGUGUCUGUGUUUAAAAUACUGUUUGGUACAAUAGGUGUAAAAUUCUGUAAAAGAGGAGUGCAGAAACUUAACCCUGUAGAUUUGUUGAUGCAUGUGGUGAGACCUGCGGCUUUACUGGGGUGAUGCAGUGCUCUGCAGUUUUAUGGAGUUUGGCAGGGACGUUUUCAGUUGGAUUUUCAUUGGCAACGUGAAGGGUGUCCUGAUCCUUUCUCGUGAUCAUAUGCAGAAAAAUAACAAAAUUUUUGACUAGGGCCCACUUUUAGGCUUAAUCUAAUACUACAUUUGUGUAACUGCUGCUUCGGAAAAGCAAGUAAUCCCACCAUUUUUAAGAGAAUUGAAUAGACCUGUUGCAAGAGGGUUCUGACAAAUGAAUCACAUCCUGGUUUACCUAAAUUAAAUUGCCUUGGCCUCCCAUGGUACCACUGAAGUUCAUAUAAAGCUCCUGGUUCAGGCUUUGGGAUCUGUAGAAUACGGAACUUUGUGCAAAAUGGUCGUAUUUACACUGGUGUCAAUUAAAACUGACGGAAAUUGAACAUUAGAUAAGUGUGUGUGUAGAGGGGGUGUUAAUUAGCCCUAAGGUUUGUAAGGUAGUGAUGUUAGGAUUGGGAGCUUGGUGUUCAUCAGAUCCCUUUCAAGUGUAAGAUGACAGGAAAAGCUUGGAUCAAAAAGUUAAAAUGUUUUCUCUGAAGUAUUAGUUUGUGACCGUCAUGAACUCUAAGCCACAUUAGGGGAUGGGGAAAAUAGGGGUGGUUAUAUUUAAAAGUGUCAUUGCUAAGUGUAAUCUGUUCUUUAGGGUCAAGUCACUCCAUUCUUAAAAGGCUAUUGAGAAAACUCAUCGUUGGUGUCAGUGCAAGUUCAGCUGGCUUCCAACUUCAUGUUGUCUACAGUUCCCAUCCCUGCUGAAACCAGCCUCACAGUUCCAGACCUGCUGGGCCACCAGCUGUGGUUGCCCUUACCACCUCAUUCUGCUUGUUCCAUCACGUCUUCCUGUAGACUAGGCUUCUGUUUCCCAGGGUGGAUUUGAGUGUAGGAAAUACAGAAGAGGAAUUACCCCAAUUCUUGGCUGGCUAUCUUCAUAAAUAGUUUGAUUUUGAAAUUUAAUCGCUGGUUUUCUUGAACCAAUUUUUUUUCAAGGGUCUUUAAAAAGGCCCACUAAAGUGAUUUCCAGAAGACAGGCUUGCAAAACCUUUUAAGACCCAAAUUUGUUCCAACUCAAAAAAAUCUUAAACCGUAUUUUGUGUGUAGAGGUUGUUCAACUACAUAAUAACAGAAUAAAUGUCUAUUAAACCAAAA